CCCCGCCUCUGCCAGCCGUCCGGGUUGCGCGCGCGCGCGCCGCUGCGGCUUUUUUUUCCCCCCCUCCGGCCUCCGCGGCGCGCCCCUCCUUGCCAUCCUGCUCCGGCGCUAGCGGCCACGCGGGAUCCUCUCCGUGAGCUUGCUUCCUCAAGGGCCGGACGCCGGGACGGGCAGCGGACACGCAGUGCGCCAGGCAGCGCCUUCGUAUCUCCUUCGAAGACGUUUUUUUCACCCACUUGAAAUUUAUUUGUUCCACACAUUUCAUCUUAAAAGUCAAUCCUCACACUGAGAAAAGAUGGUGGGUUUAUGCCCAUGAGAGCAGGUACCCGCAGAGGCCGGAGGCAGUGGAUUCCCCUGGAGCUGGAGUUACAGAUUUAAAUCACAGAAGAUAUACCUGUUCUUAAAAAGAGGAAAUCUGUGUAUUUUAUUAUCGGCUUCCAAAGAUUACUAACUUUUAUCUGUAUCGCUAAAAUUGAACUACCUUGGCUAUACUGCUCCUCUUGCUGCUACUUCCAUUAUUGCCUUCUUCAAAAAAAUAAGGCUUUCCGAAGCCAAAGACUUACAAGAAAUAAGCACCAUUUUAGAAGCCUUUCCACUAUGAAACUUAAGCUAAAUGUACUCACCAUUAUUUUGCUGCCUGUCCACUUGUUAAUAACAAUAUACAGUGCCCUUAUAUUUAUUCCAUGGUAUUUUCUUACCAAUGCCAAGAAGAAAAACGCUAUGGCAAAGAGAAUAAAAGCUAAGCCCACUUCAGACAAACCCGGAAGUCCAUAUCGCUCUGUCACGCACUUCGACUCGCUAGCAGUCAUAAACAUCCCUGGAGCAGACACUCUGGAUAAAUUAUUUGACCAUGCUGUAGCCAAGUUUGGGAAGAAGGACAGCCUUGGGGUCAGGGAAAUCCUAAGUGAAGAAAAUGAAAUGCAGCCAAAUGGAAAGGUGUUUAAGAAGUUAAUUCUUGGGAAUUAUAAAUGGAUAAACUACCUUGAAGUGAACCGCAGAGUGAGUAACUUUGGGAGUGGGCUCACUGCAUUGGGACUGAAGCCAAAGCAUACCAUUGCCAUCUUCUGUGAGACCAGGGCCGAGUGGAUGAUUGCAGCACAGACCUGCUUCAAGUACAACUUUCCCCUUGUGACUUUAUAUGCCACACUUGGCAAAGAAGCUAUAGUUCAUGGAUUAAAUGAAUCUGAGGCUUCCUAUCUAAUUACUAGUGUCGAACUUUUGGAAAGCAAACUGAAGACUGCAUUAUUAGAUAUCAAUUCUGUUAGGCACAUCAUUUAUGUGGAUAAUAAGACCAUCAAUAAAGCAGAGUACCCUGAACGGUUUGCGAUUCACAGCAUGCAGUCAGUAGAGGAGUUGGGAUCCAAGCCAGAAAACUCAAGCAUUCCUCCAAAUAGACCGACUCCUUCAGACAUGGCCAUUGUGAUGUAUACCAGUGGUUCUACUGGUCGACCUAAGGGAGUGAUGAUGCAUCAUAGCAAUUUGGUAGCUGGAAUGACAGGCCAAUGUGAAAGAAUACCCGGGCUAGGACCAAAGGACACAUACAUUGGUUACUUGCCUUUGGCUCAUGUGCUAGAAUUGACAGCAGAGAUAUCUUGCUUUACCUAUGGCUGUAGGAUUGGAUACUCUUCUCCACUGACACUGUCUGACCAGUCCAGCAAAAUUAAAAAGGGAAGCAAAGGAGACUGUACUGUACUGAGACCCACACUUAUAGCUGCUGUUCCGGAAAUCAUGGAUAGAAUUUAUAAGAAUGUUAUGAGCAAAGUUCAAGAGAUGAAUUAUAUUCAGAAAACACUGUUCAAGAUAGGGUAUGAUUACAAAUUGGAACAGAUCAAAAAGGGAUACGAUGCACCUCUUUGCAAUCUGUUACUCUUUAAAAAGGUGAAGGCUCUGCUGGGAGGGAAUGUCCGUAUGAUGCUAUCUGGCGGGGCCCCGCUGUCUCCUCAGACACACCGAUUCAUGAAUGUCUGCUUCUGCUGCCCCAUUAGCCAGGGCUAUGGACUGACAGAAUCAUGUGGAGCUGGGACAGUUACUGAAGUUACUGACUAUACUACUGGACGAGUUGGAGCUCCUCUUAUUUGCUGUGAAAUUAAGCUAAAAGACUGGCAGGAAGGUGGUUAUACAGUUCAUGAUAAGCCAAACCCCAGAGGUGAGAUCGUAAUUGGUGGGCAGAAUAUCUCUAUGGGAUAUUUUAAAAAUGAAGAGAAAACAGCAGAAGAUUAUUCUGUGGAUGAAAAUGGACAAAGGUGGUUUUGCACUGGUGAUAUUGGAGAAUUCCAUCCUGAUGGGUGUUUACAGAUUAUAGAUCGUAAGAAAGACCUGGUGAAGUUACAAGCAGGGGAAUAUGUAUCUCUUGGCAAAGUGGAAGCAGCACUCAAGAAUUGUCCACUAAUUGACAACAUCUGUGCUUUUGCCAAAAGUGACCAGUCCUAUGUAAUCAGUUUCGUGGUUCCUAACCAGAAAAGGCUUACCCUUUUGGCACAACAGAAGGGGGUAGAAGGAUCUUGGGUUGAUAUUUGCAAUAACCCAGCCAUGGAAGCUGAAAUACUAAGAGAAAUUCGAGAAGCUGCAAAUACCAUGAAGUUGGAGCGAUUUGAAAUUCCAAUCAAGGUUCGAUUAAGCCCAGAGCCAUGGACCCCUGAAACUGGUUUGGUGACUGAUGCUUUCAAACUGAAAAGGAAGGAAUUGAAGAACCAUUAUCUCAAGGACAUUGAGCGAAUGUAUGGGGGCAAAUAAAAUGUUACUCUCCUAUUUACAUUUGCACAGGAGGUGGCCUGAUGGUUUUUCAGUUCUAGAGUUUAAGCCUUUGUUGAUCUGUCUGUUAGAAUGUAAGGUGUCAUUCUAAAGACACAAUAAAAAAGAAAAGAACAACCAAAAUUGAUUAAAAUAGUUGUUGAGUCUACUUUAACUUAGUUUUGCAUAGUUCUAGUGAAGCAAAACUGAAAGGCAUUUCCCUUUAGCUGUUAUUGAUUUUAGAGCAGAAAUUCACUUUUUUAAAAUUAGCCUAAGAUACACCUGUUUUCAUGAGGAAAAGAUAUUUAAUGUUGAAUUAAGUGCAUUGGAGUUGGAGUAGAUGUGAUGGAGCAAGUGUACAGCUUCCAGUGUCUCUUGUCUUCCUAGUUCAGAAGUUUAAAUAGUAAACAUGACAAAAAUAUGUAUUGUAUUAACACUAUUCAAAGUGAAAGUGCUGAGAGACUUUAAAAUUCUCUUCCAAUCAUUUAUCUUGAAGGGGAAAAAUCAGUUGUAAUAUAAGAUAUUGGAGUUGUAAUAUAAGAUAUUGGAGGCAAUAUCUUAGAACAUAUUUUAAGAUCAUAAUUGUUACAUAGGUUAGACAUAGAAUCAUUGUACUAUUGUGAAUAAUUACAGUGCCUGAAGUAAGAAGUAAACAACAUAUACAUACCAAAAAUAUCUAGGAACAUAUUUGAAGGGAAGCUGAACUGCUCCUUUGAAUGUCUGAGAACUAAAAUCAGCAACUGUAAUUAUUUGAAUGAUUAAAGAGGAAAGUACACUUUUAAAAAUAUUAAAAGGUGGCCUUCCUUUGUUUUUUCGAUUGAGAGACUGAAACCAUGAAGAAAAUGAUCAUGUCAAUCAAAAUUUAACAGGAAACAUUUUUCUGUUAGAAAAGCUUAUGGAAUCAUAAAUAUUUGAAUCAGGAUCCCUUGCAUAGCAGUGAACCUGGGAAAGAGAUUUAGACUCUGAAUUUAUCUUUGAUAACAGGGAUUGAUUUUAAAAUGUGCUUGUAUUAAAUUACAUUUGUAAUUUAUGGUCUGUUUGCUGUUGCUGAUUUGACUCUUGAUCAGUAGUUUGCAUUUCAGAAAGCCUUUCAUUUUGCUUUAAUUUUAGCAAAGCGGGUUAUGAAUGACUUCCUCAAAAUCUUGUUCAGACCUACGGGUGAUUGAUUAAUUAUCUUGGAUGAGUUUGAGGAAGUUAAAGGGAAGAAAACACUGUUACCACUUUUUUCCUUUUUGUGAAGAGUUUAGAAACUGGAAAUGCUAGGUUUGGGAGAAGGGCAGAGUUACUUGAUAAGGGACUGUCUGUACAGUAACUUGGAGUGUGAGUUGUUUUUUUUAAACCUUCAAGUAAAGUCUAGGAUUAUAUAUUCUUGAUAGAUUUUCACACUUGAACCAUAGUUACUGUAAAGAGCAAAAAUUCUUAAUACUGUUAUUCUUUGCACUUUUUCAUAAUCAUUUUAUAUAUAUAUGUUGCUUACAUUGCUUUGUACGGUUGUGGACAUCACUGCAACAAAAUGAAUUCUUUGUGCUCUAAAAUAUUUAUAAAGAAACUAUUUAAAUGUUAUGUAUAUAGUGGUAAUAAGGAAAAAACCAUCUGGUAUUAUAAGCAAGAGUGAAGGUUUUUGUAAAAGUUUCUCUUCAGUGUUCUACAAAAUAAAAUUCUAGACAGAUUUUUCCUAAAGUCAUCUAAGACUAUUCUCCUGCUUUCCAACGGGCCCCUUGAAGAGAGGAGAACCAUUACUGUGGGGUAAACUACUGGCGGCUUCUCUUACUCCUGGCCCACUGUUUAUCCUUUCAGGGUGGUUUCCUUAAGCUUUUCUAAUAUGUGAUCACCAUUUGGAGUGGUGAUUUUAAGUGUGAGUGCAUGCAUGCUAUUGUGUUUCAGAUAUUUGCACCCCAUCCCAUCUCUGAAAGCUGGAACACUGCCAACUAAUCUGUUGAAUAGUUGCUUUAGAAACACAGAAUUAACACUUAAGGUUGGGUGCUGCUAAUCUUCAUGAAAAUCCAAAUAUUGUUAAGGGACCAGGGAGAUGCCACUGCCCCCUGAUUUUUCAUCUAAAAUAUACAUGUUUAUGUAAACAGAAAUCUUUCCAUAUUCAUAGUGACUUUUUAAGUAUUUGAGCCUAAAGAUGUUGGUCUCACAUUUUUAUACCUGUUUAAAUCAUUCAGUUAUUAUUAUAUAUCAGCCAUCAAAUAAAAUUGUUCUUAGCAUUUGCUAUAAGUAUGUACAUUUCUAAGUUGAACACUUGUGACUUUUGCUUUAAUUUCAUGAAAAGUAUCUUCCUUGGCAUUUGUAGUCAUUCUUUUUUUCUAGAGUGGAGGUAUGAUUGAGUGAAUUUUUUUCAGAAAUGAAAUACAGUUGAAUGAUUCACAAAGUCCAAAGUGAGGAAGAGUCCUAUUUCUUUUAUUACAGAAACUGACUAGUAAUCCUUGCCUAUAUUUUCCUGGUAGCAUAUGAUGAAUGUUUUUAAGGUGAGAAGAUGAGAACAGGUUAAAGAUUGUGUGGUAUUUUGAUUUCGAGAGAAAUAUUUUAAUUUUUUAAUGUAGUUACAAAUUCUGUAUUCAUAUUUGUACUUUCUGUCAAAAAUGCACGGUUGUAGAAUUGUUAUUUAGAUUUUGUGUUUACUCCUGAAAUGUUUUGUUUUCAUUCUUAAGUUUGCACUUGACUCUUGAAAUAAAUCCACCCAUGUUACCAA